AUGGAUUUGGCGUUUAUUCACAACAGAAAACCAAUUAGUUUCUUAGAAGUAGACGCCCCAAGGGUAAAUGAGAAAGACGCCUAUAACUUUUUAGAGUCGAAGUUUGACAUGUACCAGAUAACACCGUAUGAUUCUUAUCAAAAAGCAAGAUCCUUUGCAUUCUUAGAGCACCUUCUGAGGAUUACAACUCCUAAAGUUGAAAUUGUCAGGUUUAUGAGUGGGACAAAUUCUAUUUUAGCAAAAAAAUUCACUGAGAUUUUAAAAAUAAAUGAAGGUGCCCAAGGUGAAGCGUUAAAAAUGUUGCAAAAUGAAAUCUCAGAAGAGGAUCUUAGCUCGAUUCCACCCAAUCUAAAUCAUUUGACAACUUACAAGCUGCAAAAAGGCCAGCUAAUGGUAUACGAAGAGCCUGAUAAUAAAAGAAUGAGGUCAUAUUGCUAUAUUUUGAUAUCGAAAAAAAGGUUUUUUAUUUUAUACACCCCAAUUAUGACUUUUGUAGAUGGUUUUGACCCAUUCUCAGGAAAUAAAAUAACUCCUCUAAUCCCUCCAAAUUUUGUAGCUUGCUCUGCAAGGGUUUUAUAUAUCAACUAUAACAAAAACUACGAUGAAGCCUUUCCUGCAAUUCAGCGAAGAAUUACUAAGGAGCCUUCAAUAAAAGGUCCACCAAAGAUUGAAAAGAUUGAGAAAAAGCCGAGCGGGAUGUCAGUAUUUAAUGCAGAUGAUGACAAAAUCCUUGAGCCUACUGCCUCAGAGCCAAUAUUUUCAGAAGAAAGCUUCAAAGAAAGCGAAAUCAGGCCACCCCAAAGGCAGGAAAAUGAAGAAAUAGAAGAAGACGAAGAAUUUUCUGUUGAUGAUAUUAACUUUAAUACAGCCAAAGAAGAGUCUGAAGAGGAAACAGAAACUGAAACAAUGCCAGAGCCUGACUUUAAAGCAAUUCAGUGGAAAAACACUGAAAGAAAAAUCCGUAGUAAUAGAGAAGAACUGUGUGGAGCUGGGAGCUGUCUAUUAUUUUAA